UCACCACUUCAACCCUUUAUAAGCGACUCAUCGCCUGCUUCAUUUUCGCAUCACUUGUCGUAAAACUAUCUUCUAUUUCAAGAUCAAUCCACCCUUUUUCUCUCAUAUUUUUCUUUAGAGCUCGCAGCUUAAUAGCUUCUACUCUGGUGGGGAAAUUGGAGAGACAUGGCAACCAACGGAGACGCGGCGAUGAAGGGGAACGGAAUGGCUAUGCCGAAGUCACCGUUGAAGAAGAUCGCUACUAGCGACAAACAUGACGGGAUCUGCCAAGAUAUGAGCGCACCAACGGUGAAGGCCCAGACUAUCGACGAGCUUCACUCUCUUCAGAGGAAGAGAUCUGCGCCUUCUACUCCUAAUAAAGGGAUUCAAGGCGCCUUCGCCACUCUCUCUGAAGAAGAGCGCCAAAAACAGCAGCUCCAGUCCAUCAGUGCAUCUCUGGCAUCGUUGACAAGAGAAACUGGACCAAAGGUGGUGAGAGGAGACCCGGCUAACAAGACCCGGCCCUUUGUAAAAGAUCACCACGUCGCUGCACCCACCAUCAGCGUUAGCGACAGCUCCUUAAAAUUCACUCAUGUUCUUUACAACCUCUCUCCCGCAGAGCUUUAUGAGCAGGCCAUAAAGUACGAGAAGGGGUCUUUUAUUACAUCCACCGGGGCAUUGGCCACCCUGUCUGGAGCUAAAACCGGCCGAGCUCCCAGAGAUAAGCGUGUUGUCAAGGAUGAUGAGACAAGCGAGGAGCUUUGGUGGGGAAAGGGCUCACCUAACAUCGAAAUGGACGAGCACACUUUCAUGGUUAACAGGGAACGAGCUGUUGAUUACUUGAAUUCUUUGGAUAAGGUCUUUGUAAAUGAUCAAUUCUUGAACUGGGACCCUGAGAACAGAAUCAAAGUUCGGAUUGUCUCUGCCAGAGCUUACCAUUCAUUGUUCAUGCACAACAUGUGUAUCCGACCCACUCUUGAAGAGCUGGAGGAUUUUGGUACUCCGGACUUCACUAUAUACAAUGCUGGCCAGUUUCCAUGUAACCGUUACACACACUACAUGACUUCUUCUACUAGCAUAGAUUUGAACCUAGCUAGAAGGGAAAUGGUCAUCCUCGGCACACAGUACGCCGGGGAAAUGAAGAAGGGUCUAUUCAGUGUUAUGCAUUAUCUCAUGCCUAAGCGUCAAAUUCUCUCCUUACAUUCUGGCUGCAAUAUGGGAAAAGAUGGAGAUGUUGCCCUCUUCUUUGGAUUGUCAGGUACUGGAAAGACUACUCUGUCUACAGAUCCAAAUCGGUACUUAAUUGGAGAUGACGAACACUGCUGGACCGAGACUGGAGUCUCAAAUAUUGAAGGAGGCUGCUAUGCUAAAUGCAUUGAUCUAUCUAGGGAGAAGGAGCCUGAUAUCUGGAAUGCCAUCAAGUUUGGAACUGUUGUGGAAAAUGUGGUAUUUGAUGAGCACACUCGAGAAGUGGACUAUGUCGACAGAUCAGUUACAGAGAAUACUCGAGCAUCAUAUCCUAUUGAAUACAUUCCUAAUGCAAAGAUACCUUGCGUUGGUCCACACCCGAAGAAUGUAAUCCUUUUGGCAUGUGAUGCAUUUGGUGUGCUUCCACCUGUGAGCAAGCUGACCCUAGCACAGACAAUGUACCACUUCAUAAGUGGUUACACUGCGUUGGUGGCUGGUACUGAAGAGGGUGUGAAAGAACCUCGAGCAACAUUCUCGGCUUGCUUCGGUGCAGCAUUUAUAAUGUUGCAUCCUACCAAGUAUGCAGCUAUGCUAGCUGAGAAAAUGCAGAAACAUGGUGCAACAGGAUGGCUUGUCAACACUGGCUGGUCAGGUGGAAGCUACGGGUCAGGCAGCCGUAUCAAGCUAGCAUACACAAGGAAAAUCAUUGAUGCCAUACACUCCGGUAGCCUCUUGAAGGCAAAUUACAAGAAAACGCAAGUUUUCGGCCUUGAGAUCCCAACUGAGGUGGAAGGAGUGCCUUCUGAGAUCCUGGAUCCUGUGAACACCUGGUCAGACAAGCAAGCUUACAAUGAGACGCUGUUGAAACUGGCCGGUUUGUUUCAGAACAACUUUACCACAUUCUCCGAUUACAAGAUUGGGAAGAACAACAAGCUUACUGAGGAGAUCCUAGCAGCUGGUCCAAUUUUUUAAUUCCCAUGGAACAAAAGAUAGGAAUAUGAUUUCUGAAGGAGUUUAAGUAGAGAAGAUAGAAUAAGAGUUUAGGAUGAAUGUUGUAAUCUUCUGUGUCAUGAUAUAUGUAAAACUCUUUUCCUAAUUAAUUCAUAAUAAAAAAAAUGCAUCUCAGUUACCAUA